GCCAUCUAGCCGUGUAUCGUAUGCCAAAUGUACAUGCAACGCUUCCUAAGUGUAGAUGUUUGAUCUGGCCGUAGUAUUAUCUACAAAGCUAGUCAACAUCUCAUUGUUAAAUAGUAUUGCUCGUAACAGUCAAAUGGCCAUAUUUCCUGGCAUGUCCGCUCUCAUGAACUUGAGUCCUCGGACACGCCAGAGCGAAGGUCCGAGCUACGAUGCCAUGACUGCAAUGCCCAAACCUGAAAUCAAAUUCUCCAUAGACAGUAUCCUGGGGCUAUCGUCCAGUCGGACAAGUCCAGUCUGUGAGCAGACUUUCGGACAGGACUAUAACCACAAUAAGAACAACGACCAUGACGAUAUGGACGAUGACGAUGAUGAAAGUAUCGAUGUCGACGACAGUCUAUUGGAAGACAAUGUGCAUACCGAAUGCUUUAGUGGAGAUCGUACUCAACUUUCUGGGGGAGAGGAAUCGAUACAGUACCCAUGGUUACAGUGCACACGAUACCACCCGCCGAAAUUACAAAGAAGUAAGAAGAAAGAAGGACACAAGAAAUGGAAGUUGGGACGCAACCCCCGCAUCCCCUUCACGCAGCAUCAGCUGGUCGUGUUGGAAGAAAAGUUUAGGAGGACCCAUUACCUCAGCAGCAUGGAUGUGGCUGAGUUAUCAAGCGCGCUUAACUUGACUGAGACAAGGGUAAAGAUCUGGUUCCAGAAUCGUCGAGCCAGAGAACGUCGUGAUAAAGGGGGGACACAGCUCCAACAAUCCACUGUCCAGAAAUCUUUUCAACCCCUGACCAUCCCCACAGUCUCUUGGUCAGUUCCAACAGCCAGCAACUAUGUCCACUACCAACAAACACUGGACUUCCGGUCCAGAUAUCUGGUCCCAUCUUUAGGGAUGUACAAUACACCUGAGGGGAAUCAAGUCACAGAGGACUGUAGAGACAUGAAACUACACCAUCUGACAGACAUACAGUGAGGCACACAACACAAGAACAAUUCAAAGAGGCGAUAAAGUGAACUCAAAUUUUUUUUUACUGA